UCGAGGUUACAGCCCAUAGAAACGCGCUCGUUGACAGCAGCAGCCAAUCGGCGGCGGUUUACGACUCUGACGCCGUCAGGUUAUAAGAUUACCGUGCGUGGUGGCUGCUUGACGGCGAGGGCGAACCAUGGAUCAGGGUUAUGGUUAUGGUGCCUGGGGCAAUGAGACUACUAGUACUCAAGGUGCUUAUGCUGCAAACCCAGCAAGCUGGCAAGGAUAUGAAGGCUAUGAUUAUUACAGUGCCCAAACCAACGACUCCUCUGUAACUGCUGCAUACAACUAUGAUGCUGCUGCUGUUGCAACAACUACCUGGAACACUUCUAAAACUGCUGAUAUGACAAUGAGUGCCGAUAUGGGCACUGGUAUGCCUGUUGUAAAUUAUAAUACUGGGGCAGUGGGCUCAGAAAACAAUGACUCUAUCAUAGCAAAAAUAAACCAGCGGCUGGAUAUGCUAUCAAAGGAAAGCAGUGGCACUGCUGGGGAAGGCGUGGAAGAUCAAGGAAGCUCUUUCAGAUUUGAGUCUUUUGAGUCCUAUGACUCUAGAGCCUCGGUGCCUGAUCAUGACCUGUACAGAACCAGCUAUGACUAUAAUGAAGUUGGAUCAGAUCAGAAUGAUUCUUUUGGAAGCCACUAUGAUGGUACUGGUAACCAGAGAGAUCAGCCCUGCAACAGAGGAAACAACUAUGGCUUUGUUAGAGGGAGGGUCCAGAAUCGAGGGCAUCUAAACACUUUCAGUCGUGAUCGCUUCAGGCCAUCAAGUACAGAACAGCUGUCUACAAGAUGGAAUGAGAUGAAUUACAUGGGCGGGAGGAAUAUGGGGGGGCCUGGCCAUAACAGGCUUCCAUCACUCUUUUCCCAAGCACUCACCCCUGAGUAUAGAGAUUAUGGUGAUUAUGGAGAGUAUGGAGACUUCGGCAACUACGGGGAUUAUGAUUAUGGCAUGAUGGGAAUGCCUGGAACAGGAAUGGGAAGAUUUCCUGGGAACAUGCCCUUUGGCUUUGGGAGGUCUCGUGGCAGACCAAAGAGGAGAGCAUUCCGUGGUCGUCUCGGUGGUCGUUCAGAUAAUGAAGGUGGAUUGCGUAAACGCAAACAGUUCCAUGGUGGGGAUGAACCAGACAGCAAACAGCCAAAGACUGAAAGUGAAAGAGAUGACUCAGACAAUGAUGAUGGAGAAGGAGAGAAUAAAUCAGGAGAUGAAAGAGAUAAAGGUGAGCACAAGAAAGGGAGUGAAGCUUUCAAGGGGAAAGCAACUGGUGAUGGUUGUGAGAACGAGGAUGAAGAGACAAAACGAAGAGAGAAACAGAGACAAAGGGAUCGAAUGCGUGACCGUGCUGUGGACAGAAUCCAAUUUGCUUGCUCUGUGUGCAAGUUCAGAAGCUUUGAUGAAGAAGAAAUGGAGAAGCAUCUGCAGAGCAAAUUUCACAAAGAGGUCUUACGAUACAUUGGGACUAAGCUUCCGGACAAGACUGUAGAAUUCCUACAGAAGUAUAUUGUGAACAGAAAUAAGAAAAUAGGGAAACGCAGACAAGAACUAACAGAGAAAGAUGGCUCAAAACCAAAACCAGACCCUUUUAAGGGAAUUGGCCAGGAACAUUUUUUUAAAAAGAUAGAAGCAGCUCAUUGCAUGGCUUGUGACAUGCUAAUUCCUGCACAGCAGCAUCUUCUUCAGAGGCACUUGCAAUCUGUUGAUCACAACAGGAAUCGCAGGAUGGCAGCCGACCAUUUCAAGAAGGCUAGUUUCCAUGUAGCUAAGAGUGUCCUGAAUAGCAAGCACAUUGUGAAAAUGCUGGAAAAGUAUCUCAAGGGUGAUGACCCAUUCACAGAUGAAAGCACUGAACAAGAUGUUGAUGACUCUGAGGCCUUGGAGGCGGCAGAUGGUGAAAGGGCUGCAGAAGGUACUGCUAUAGAGAACAUUGAGAAUGAGAUCAAAACCCCUGAAGUUGAUGAAAUUGCUAAAUUGGAAGGGGAUAAGGGAGCUUGCCCCACUGAAGAUUGUUCUAAAGAUGAACCUGUAGAGAAACACCAGCAGAUACAAGAGGCACAAGAGCAGGCACAAGGAACAACUAAAGAACUGGCUAUGCCUGAUCAGGGAAUCUUUGAAGAGAGAGCAGUGGAAGGCCAAGUGGAAGUCCAGCAGCCUGUGGAGAAAGGAGAGAACUCUUCCGAAAUGGCAGCAGUUGAAAACAGUGAUGUCCAGGAGGAACCGAUUGUGGUAGCAAGUUCAGAGCUGCCACAGAGAGUGGCCAUAUGAAUGAUUGUAAGAAGAUGGUUUGUUCUGCUUACAUGUACAGUAUUUCCCCAUCCCUCCCAAAUCUUAUGUCAGUGCAGUACAUGCGUGUACAUUGCUGGAGUGCUGCCAGUUUUGGCCAUUUUGCUGGAAGGUAUUCAGUUUGUUUGUAUUGAAGCAGUCUUGUGCUUUAUUGCUGUGUAGAAAAUGGAAAUAGAAAAGUCUUUUUUCAUUUGUAGGGUUAGAGAGUUCAGAAAACUAACUUGAUACCUCCUUGCAUUUUAGAAUAAGUAGCACUGUUUGAAGAUCAAAAUGGUUGAUCCUUCAACUCUUAUCAGUUAUUCAAUUUUCCAAUUGUGAAGGAAUCCGAUUUCAUUUGGAAAUUAUAUCAACUUUCUUGUUAAUUAGAAAGUACAUAAUUAUGUUUUUAUGCUUUCCUAUCCGAUUACUCAGUUGAGUUCUAGAAAAAGGACUUACUGCCAUGAGGACUGUUAAUUUCAUUUAUCCAGUUUGCAGUAUUGCAUGAAAAAUGGCAUCUCUGAUGAUGAUUUUAUGCACCAAAUUGAUUGUGUGAUAUUUAUGUGGUGCAGUGUUUUAGAUUUUUCUUGUAGUAAGCUGCAGCUUGUACAUUAUGCUAGUAGAGAAGCAUAGCCUAAUGAUGAAAGUUAUGCCGACACUGAAAAGCAUCCUUACUCCCCAUGAUUCACAGAAUAGAUUGCCAAAUACAACCUUGGAAGAAUUUCCCAAAUAAGAGUUGAUUUGUUAGUGUUAUGACUAAUGCUUAUAGCAUAAAAUUUUAAAGUGGAAUGAAUAUUUUAAUCUUAUUUUGAAUGAUUGUAGUCCUUUGUUGUAUGUGGCAUUUAAAUAAAUUUCCCAAUCUGAAAACAA